AUGUUAAGGGAGCUCCAGAAGCAGAGAAUAAAGGCAUUCUUAGUUGCACCAAACAACCCCUGGAAGAUCCUGGUCCUUGAUAGCCGUACCCAGCAGAUCAUUGGGCCUUUGAUGAAGGUCAGCGAGCUCAGAGAGUGUGGAAUAACAGCACACUUCUUGGUAACCCAGGAAAGGCACCCCAUUUCCAACACUCCGGCGGUGUACUUCGUCGAGAGUGCAGACGGAGUCCUGGACGACGUCCUCGCCGAGCUGUAUUCGGAGUACUACCUCAACUUUGCCACAUCUGUAACCAGGGGGGAGAUUGAGAGCCUGGGCCUUGGGCUGUCUGAAAGGGGCCUUGGGCUCCGGAUAAGAUCUGUCUAUGACCAGUUUGUGGACUUCAUUGCCUUACAAGACGACAUGUUUACUCUUGGGAUGAAAGGCAGCUUUAUUGAGAUGGAGAAUCCGGACACGUGGAGGAGAAUGGUGAUGUCAGUGAUGAGUGUGUUUGUGACACUUGGAGAAGUCCCGUUCAUAGUGGCUACGGAUGACGAUGUGACUACCCAGAUGGCAAGGAUGCUCGAGACAAAGAUAAGAAACACAGGAGUUAUCAAGAGGGGCAGCAAAAGGCCGGUGCUGGUUCUUGUGAGCAGGAGCCAUGAUGUGAUUACUCCUGUGCAACAUGUGUGGAGUUACAGUGCGCUAAUGAACGAUCUUUUUGCGCUUGAGUCCAACAAGAUAACACUGAAGAGUGGAAAGGUCUUUGAUCUGGAUCCCCAGGAUGAGCUCUGGAGGAGAAACGCCAACGAGUAUUUCCCGGUUGUGGUUGAGAGGGUUGAGAAGGAGCUUCUUGAGUACAAGAAGGAGAUGGCGCUCAGGAGCAUCGACGAGAAGACAGACAAGAAGGUUAUCCAGGAGGCUCUUGAUAAGGCCCCCGAGCUAGCCAAGAGAAAUGAGUCUGUGAAUGCCCACAUAUCGAUAUGCUCGGAGAUGGUUGAGAUGAUAAAGGAAAGAGCCAUCGACGACUUCUACAAGGUUGAGAAGGGAGGCCAUACGAACCAGGAGCUAAUAGAGUUGUCUGAGAAGGGAAGCGACGAGGAUGUCCUAAGGCUGGCCAUUCUCCUUCUCAACACCAAGGACUUCGAUCUGAUUGAUCCGCUGCUCCGGAAGAGGAAGAUAAAGUCGAAGGCCAUUGAGUUUUUCAGAAGGCAUGGGGGUACCCGGUCGGAGAAGUUGGGGACUCUUUACUCGCAGGUGGUCACCAGCCUCAUGGGAAAUGUAAAGAAGCUGCUUCCUGUGAAGGAGCAGACGCCCAUAUCGUCCCUUGUGGAGACUAUCUAUGGAGAUAUCAAGUCCCAGAUAUACUCAGGACUCAGGGUGUUCGACUCCAUGGGAUCCAAAAGCAUAUAUGCCAGCGAGAUCUCGAGGCUCGUUGUUUUUGGAGUAGGAGGAGGAACUUACACGGAGCUGAAGACUCUGAAGCUCCUUGAGGAAAGAAUAGGUGUUCCAAUCAUAUAUGGGUCAACGGAGAUCCUGAAUGCACGGGAGUUUCUUAGGCAGGUUGAGGGCAGGAUGAGUCUAGAUUAA